CGUUACCAACUGUUUGAAAGAAGAAAAGAAGAAGAAGUGGAUUUUAUACUAUUUCCGCUUUGAAACGCUAAAAACAAUUGACAUCUAGGUUCUCAUCAAACGCAUUGCAAAACGACAAAACUGGCCCCUCCACUGCCUGUCACCAUGCCCGCCCUGCUGGAGAGACCCAAGCUGUCCAAUGCGAUGGCCAGAGCCCUGCACAAGCAUAUUAUGAGGGAGAGGGAGCGCAAGAGACAAGAGGAAGAGGAGGUUGACAAAAUGAUGGAGCAGAAGCUGAAGGAAGAGGAGGAGAGGAAGAGGACAAAGGAGAUUGAGGAGAGGAUGUCUUUAGAGGAAACCAAGGAACAGGUGAUGAAGAUGGAGGAGAAACUUCAGGGACUCCAAGAAGAGAAACACCAGCUUUUUUUACAGCUAAAGAAAGUUCUCCAUGAGGAAGAAAAGAGACGCAGGAAGGAGCAGAGUGACAUCACAACGUUGACCUCAGCCAGCUACCAGCCCAGUCUGUCCAUGCAUGCAGGACAGCACCUCCUCAGUAUUCCAGGAAGUCCGGUCAGCCACAGUCGACCUGGCGCCCUGCUCGGAGAGCGAAGCAAACAGCUGUUCCCAGCUUCUGUCAUUCCAGCCCGUCAUUACCAGACCCCUGGGUUCAGCUCCAGCUCAGCAGAACAUGGACAGUUCAGCGGGAGCCAGGGGGUCCAUGAGUCCUAUGGGGUGGCAGCAUCCCAGCACCCCUCCACCUACGCCCCCGGACCCUCGGUACCCGUAAGCUUCGCCAGCAGUUCUCAGAUCAGAGGGGCCUCUGCAUUUCAAGCAAUGCAGUACCUCCCUCACCAGCAGACUGGAUAUCCGGUUCACAGCCACUUCGCCUCCCAGCCUGGGUACAUCACUGGAGCAUCGAUACCCCUGCAGAAGCAGCUGGAACAUGCCAACCAGCAGUCUGGCUUCACAGAUGCAGGUGCUUUGAGGCCCCUGCACCCCUCCACUAUGCACCCAGCUGCUCCAGGUCUGCUGCCCACACCCAUGGUCCAGAUCCCCACUGCAAAGGCUCCGUUCCAGAGCUCCCCACAGGGUGCCGCUCGACACAACUUCCUAGGCCACAGCCAGAGUGGGCAAAGGUUCUACCCCCACAGCAAGUAACCUGCGACGACUUUCAUCUUUUCUUCUUUUACGGCAACGUCACCACUUUGAUGGUGCUGGAGAUGGCAUUGGAACCUCUGGUGCAUCACUUUGGAUUUAACAAAAAAAUAAAU